AAAACUACGAAUCCCAUAAUGCAGUUCGGUUGUGAGAACAAUUUCCAGCGCCCGAUACGAUCCUUGAAGUGUGGUCGCGACGCAGAAAAUAAAAAGCCAUCUCAAUGGUGAUGAAGUCGUCAGGUGAGGAGGAUGAAGGAUCCUGGGGUCUGGGGAUGCCAGAAAAGAUGAGGAACAAUGCUGAGUGGGUGGACAUUACCCAGGACUUCAAAUCAGCCUGUAAAGAACUCAACCUGGGGGAGUUACUCCAUGAUAAACUAUUUGGUCUGUUCGAGGCAAUGUCAGCCAUCGAAAUGAUGGACCCAAAAAUGGACGCUGGGAUGAUCGGGAACCAAGUGAACCGGAAAAUUCUUCAUUUUGAGCAAGCGGUGAAGGACGGGGCUAUUCGAGUAAAGGAUCUGUCUCUGCCUGAGCUCAUUGGCAUCGUUGACACGUGUUUCUGCUGCCUGAUCACAUGGUUGGAAGGUCACUCUCUGGCACAGACCGUCUUCACAUGUCUGUAUGUUCAUAACCCCGAGCUCAUCCUGGACCCUGCACUCAAAGCCUUCGCCCUGGGCAUCCUGAAAAUCUGUGACAUCGCCCGGGAGAAGGUCAACAAAGCUGCCGUAUUUGAAGAGGAGGAUUUCCAGGCGAUGACGUACGGCUUCAAGAUGGCAAACAACGUGACAGAUCUCAGAGUGACUGGAAUGCUAAAGGACGUCGAGGAGGAACUACAGAGAAAAGUAAAGAGCACGAGGAGUCGACAGGGUGAGCAGAGGGACCCUGAAGUGGAGCUCGAUCAUCAGCAGUGUCUGGCUUUGUUCAGCAGGAUCAAAUUCACCCGCCUCCUACUGACGGCUCUCAUCUCCUUCACCAAGAAAGAGACAAGUGCAGUAAGUGAAGCACAGAAACUGAUGAGCCAGGCAGCAGAUCUCCUGCCUGCAAUACACUCCACCAUCCAAUACGGCAUCCAGUCACAGAAUGACACCACUAAAGGAGAACAUCCCAUCAUGAUGGGCUUCGAGCCAUUGGUAAACCAGCGCCUGCUCCCUCCUACGUUUCCCCGCUACGCCAAGAUCAUCAAGCGUGAGGAGAUGGUCAACUACUUCAGCAAACUCAUCGAGCGCAUUAAGAUUGUGUGCGACGUCAUAAACACAACAAACCUCCACAGCAUCCUGGACUUUUUCUGUGAGUUCAGUGAGCAGUCUCCCUGCGUUCUGUCCAGAUCUUUACUACAGACUACAUUCCUGAUCGACAAUAAGAAAGUAUUUGGGACACACCUGAUGCAGGACAUGAUUAAAGAUGCUCUGCGCUAUUUCGUCAGCCCUCCUGUUCUCUCCCCGAAAUGCAGUCUGUAUAAUAACCACCAGGCUAAAGACUACAUCGACUCCUUCGUCACACACUGCUCCAGGCCAUUCUGCAGUCUGAUUCAGAUUCACGGCCACAACCGAGCUCGCCAAAGAGAUAAGCUGGGGCACAUUCUGGAGGAGUUUGCCACCCUGCAGGAUGAGGCAGAGAAGGUGGAUGCUGGUCUGCACGGGCUGCUGCUGAAGCUGGAACCUCAGAGGCAACAUCUGGCCUGUCUGGGUACAUGGGUGCUCUACCACAACCUGCGCAUCAUGAUUCAUUAUCUGCUCAGCGGCUUCGAGCUCGAGCUCUACAGCAUGCACGAAUACUAUUACAUCUACUGGUAUCUAUCAGAGUUCCUGUAUGCAUGGCUGAUGUCCACCCUGAGUAGAGCUGACAGCUCUCAGAUGGCUGAGGAACGAAUCCUGGAGGAGCAGCAGCAGAAGGGCCGAAGCAGCAAGAAGAGCAAGAAGAAGAAGAAAGUUCGCCCUCUGGGAAAAGAGAUCACCAUGAGCCAGGCCUACCAGAACAUGUGUGCUGGCAUGUACAAGACGAUGAUAGCUCUAGACAUGGAUGGGAAGGUGAGGAAGCCCCAGUUUGAGCUAGACAGCGAGCAGGUGCGCUACGAGCACCGCUUUGCACCCUUCAACAGCGUGGUCACACCACCUCCUGUACACUACAUCCAGUUCAAGGAAAUGUCUGACCUGAAGAAGUACAAUCCUCCUCCAUGUUCAGCUGACCUGUACAUGGCAGCCAGCAAACACUUCCAGCAGGCCAAGCUCAUACUGGAAAACGUCACCAGCCCGGACGCCGAGGUCAAUCGAAUCCUUAAAGUGGCCAAACCAAACAUUGUUGUAAUGAAGCUGCUAGCAGGAGGACACAAAAAGGACACCAAGGUCCUACCAGAAUUCGACUUUUCUGCUCACAAGUACUUCCCAAUAGUCAAAAUUAUUUAACGUCUUUAUAAAGAACUGCUGCUUUUCCAUCAGCUCUGCUAAAGUCAUGUGAAUAAACCAGGCUGUUUGUGUUAUGGUUCGAGUGAGAUUUCAUCCAGGGUGAGAGGUCAGUCCAGAGUCUAGAACACAGAAAGCAAAAUAAGACUAUAUUUAUCGAUCAAGGGUUCUGGAGGAAAGAAUUGUGAAUUGUGAGAAAAUGCUAGUUUCUGUUCAGAUGUUAGCAGUCAGUCCAGUCUGGAAAAUAUCAAACUUUGGAUGUUUGUGUGUACACUUUAUUUUUAUGACCUGCUUGUGUGUAAAUGUGGCUUGGUUUGUAAUCUCUGAAUAAAAUAAAAUAAAAACUCUCAA